AUGACGUCUGUUUUUAUUUUUAGCUCAAAGAUGCCUAACAAGGAAAGCGCUAAAGGCCAUUCCACGUACAAGCCAUCCUCAAAGAAAUCUUCGCUGGUCAUCCCCCUUCUAGCAGGAGCAGCGUCUGGCAUGUUGUUCAUGCUCUUGCUCAUACUUGGUUAUAGGGCUGGGUUGGAUGCAUUCAUACGUUCAGCCAAUGUAGCGAACGAAUCGACUGCUGACUAUGGUUUUGCAAAUGUGGCAACAGACAUUUCUGGGCGUGGAAUAAGGGUUGAACCCAAUGCAGACGCUCAAAGAUGGAUGCAGAAGUACCCUGCCUAUGCGUAUGGGGGUAGCCUGUAUUCCUGGAGACAUGUAGAAUUCCCUAAUCUCGGUGCAAACUCUACGUAUCUGGACUUUACCGGCUCUGGGCUCUUCCAGGUAACGCAGCUCAAAGAGUCUCUUAAAUUUCUGGAGUCUGCUCUCUUUUGCAAUAUCCAUUCAGACUCUGCGUGUAGCAGGAACUCGGAGAGAGCAGUUGAUGACAUACGAGAUAUGAUCCUCGAGUUCUUUAACGCUCCCCGGGGAACAUACUCCGUCAUUUUCACGUCGGGGGCCUCCGCUGGACUGCAGCUCAUUGCACACUCCUUCCCCUGGUCUAACCGAUCCCAGUUCAUGUACUCGAAGCACAACCAUAACUCUGUCUUGGGGAUGCGCAGAGUCGCUCUCAAACAUGGGGCCAGCUUUGGAACACUUCCCUUCGAUCUCUACAGCAUAAGCCUAGAAGAUGAGUUCGUAAAGCUGUGCAACACAUCAUAUCUCAAACUGGCCAACGGCAAUAGUGGUGCAUCUGCUGCAAACAGAAUCAACAGACCGACAGCCCGGGAUAUCGCGUUCAACAAGGAGGUGGACUCUGUCUAUCUAAACAAGACGCACCACCUCAUCGCCUUCCCAGCGGAGGAUAACUUUUCCGGUGUCAAGUACAAUCUGGAUUUAAUACAUGCAUUCCAGAGUGGGGAGUUCGCUGCAAAGUUCAUGAACACUAACAGUAUGUGUACCAGCAAGAACUCUGUGUGGCAUGUGCUGCUCGAUGCUGCUGCGUUUGUCCCGACCAAUCCCCUGGACCUGAACAAAUAUCCUGCAUCCUUUGUGGUUGUGAGCUUCUACAAAAUGUUUGGGUACCCCUCGGGGGUCGGUGCCCUUCUUGUUCGAAAUGAUAUCAAUCCGCUGCUUCAAAAGACGUUCUUCGGGGGCGGAGCUGUCGUAUUGGCCAGCUGCGAAUCCGACUACUGCAAGCUGAAGCCAAGUUACCACGAGCGUUUCGAAGACGGUACCUUAAAUUUUCUCCACAUUCCGUCUCUGAGGUACGGGUUCAACAUCCUGAAGAGUCUUGGUAUGUCGAACAUUCAGGCACACGUUUGGGCCGUGACUCGGCGCGCAUAUGAAAGCCUGAUAGCUCUUAAGCACCAUAACGGUCGUCCGUUGGUUGAGGUUUAUGGUGAGCAUGCUAAGAAUGACAUGAACUUACAGGGUGGCAUCAUAGCUUUCAAUCUCAAGGAUGUCGAUGGGAAUUAUCUCGGAUACUACAACUUCAGCAGACACGCUGCCAAGAACGGGUUCAUGCUGAGAGUAGGUUGCAAUUGCAACCCCGGCGCUUGCAACACAUACAUGGGUAUCUCUGAGGAAGACGUCAUAGAAGCGUCUAAGAACAAGACGUCGUGCGGAGAUGAAUUAGACAUGGUGAAAGGGAUACCGUUGGGGGCAAUCAGGCUUUCACUGGGAUACAUCACGACCGUUGAAGAUGUAGAUAGAUUUGUUGACUUUGUGAAACAAUAUUAUACUAACCGGCGUGGGAGCUAUGAGGAUUUACAGACGAAGUAA